GAAUAUUAGUUAUUUAAAAGUUAGUUGUGUUCGUUUCGUAGACAUGAAGAUUAAAGAAGUUGAACAGUUGAAGUUGUGGCUCAUCAAUGCCGUUUCACCAUUGUGUGAUGCAGAGCCCGAAGACUUAGCCAGGUACGUACUUGCACUUCUCAAAAAAGAGAAACCAGAAAAAGAACUUGAACAGUUAUGCCACAAAGAGUUGGAGAUAUUUUUUAAAGAUAACACCCUGGACUUCAUCACAAAAUUGUUUGCGGCUCUGAGCACAGAGUCCUACAUAACAAAUUCAGCACUGACGACAUCGGAGCACAAUCCACUCACUGAGAUUAACAACAACCUCAAAUCAGAUGCUGCUAUUUCCAACAAGUCUGCAGGCUCUGAUGGUCGACCAACGAGCAUCAAACAGCACAGCACUAGUUCAAGGUCCCGACCUUCCAAGGUGGAUGAUUUGAGGUCGAAGCUGACAUCUGAUUCUAAUGCUGCUGUUGACGACCACAGAAGACAUGAGACUGAUCGCAGGGAGAGGAGAAGAAGAAGUCGAAGCAGAGAGAGGAGCAGAUCCAACGAACGCAGACGGAAGGCGAGUGCAACAACAAGCAGUAGGUACUCAUCCAGACACCAUCAUCAUCAUCACGAGGAUCUGAGGAAUACUCGACUGCGCCGACGAUCGCGUGAUCGUUCGAGGUCACGAGACAAGUCAAGGUCACAUGAACGAAAUAAAAAAAGAUCACGUUCGCCAUUGGGAGAGUCUGGAUUCAGGUCUGCAAAGUACUUCUCUUCCUCUACAUCUGCUAAGAAGCGAUCAAGAUCUCAUUCAAAUUCCAGAAGGAACCAAGGAGUUAUGGAGGAAAAUAAAGAUGAGAUGCUUGUCAGUUCUGUUGUUAGAGAUGGAGCGGAGGAAAGAAGAAAACUUUCUACUGGUCACAGUCGGAGUAGCAGCAUAGACCUGAAGGACGAGAGACAGGAUUACAGAAUAACAGUGCCUCUGGACAACAUGAUGGCUCCACAUCACCAAGCCACCCACCCCAUCACUCUUCCCCCUCCCAUUCAUCACAAUCUCCAACAGUUCGCCACGCAUCCCCCCAUUUUCAUGGCUUCAAACCCGUCUCUGGCUCCAGCACCAUUCCUUGGACCGCCACCUAACACCAACAUGCCUCCCCCACAGAUUUCUUCUUCCAUGCACCAGGAUCCCACUUUGGUUGUUCUAGCUACCGAUGCGCAGGCCUCACUUCCGAUGGGUGCAUUUUCCUCACCACCUCCGGCAAUGGGGCCAUUACAAGGGGCUCCCAUGAUCCUCGGUCACCCUCCCCCCUCCAUCAUCCAUCAGGUCCCUCCACCACAUUUUCGACCCACACCCGCAUAUUCAGCCAUCUCUACGAACGAAGAGACCAGUUUGCCAUUUGAUGUGCCACCGUAUAUUCCAACAUCUAUAAAGAGCAGAUUAGGCUACAAAACGAAGCCAGUUAAAAAUAUGGAAGCAGUGAUGCAAAAACUUCCAAACUCCGUACAGAUAACUACAACAACAUCAUCAGGUCCCACGACAACAACAACAACAACAAACGUUCCCAGUGGUUCUUCACUUUUGAUCAACAACAUUCCUCCAACAAAGAAUAACAUUUCUUCAAUUGAUCAACAGUUUUCCAAGUUUGGCACCAUUCUUAACAUUCAGGUAAAUUUCAAUGGAAAUCCCGGAUCUGCCCUGGUUUCCUUUUCCACCCACAAAUCAGCAGAGGCAGCUUUCAGUAGCAGUGAACCGGUGUUCAACAAUCGAUUCAUUGAGGUCAAGUGGUACAACAGAGGCACUAACGAAAAUAACAGCAACAAUAACAAUGCCAAUGUAGCUAACCUUGCUUCCAAUAAUAAUUUCCAAUCUUCUAGAAUUGUUGUGUCCAGUUUGAAGAGAUCAGUGAAAGAAAGAUUAGGCAACAGUAGCAUGAAGAUACAAUUUAGUAACAAUGUUGACAACAAGGUAAUAACGACGAUCUCAUCUACAAUAAAUGAAGGUGUUGAAGUUGACAAGCAGCUCGUUGGUGACGACAUUAACAUUGCGGUGUCUUCUGAUCUGCCUGCUGCCAAUGAGCAUGGAAAGAGGACUGUACUGAUUGUUCCUCCCAACUCACAGCAAGUACAACAACAACAACAUGUGCUUCAGCAGCAACAACAUGUGCUUCAGCAGCAGCAACAGCAUGUGCAACAGCAACGUACACAACAAGCAAAUGUUGCAAGAACAUUUCUCCCGUCAUCAACCAAAUACAUCAAUUACCAGAAUCAUUCAUUCAAGAAGACCAGGAAACCACCUCAGAUUGUACAGUGCAAAAAUGAGAUCUUGGAACAGAAGCAAGAGUUUUUGAAGAAAACGUACGAUUUCAUGAACAAGAAUCGUCUGCUGAUAGAAGAGGCCAUCAAGAAACAAAAGGAGAUCGUGGAGCAACUGCAAAAGCCUGGAAUUAGUAGUGAAGAGAAGAUGUCGUUGAAAAAUAAACUGGAGAAGUAUGAAGCGAUGAUUCGACAGUGCAGACGUGAUGUCAGUUUUGACACGAAGCUCAUAUACAAGAUACCUGCCGUUGUGUCAACCUCAUCGUCCACGUCAUCAUUGCCACUGCAGCCAUCAACGUUACAAUCUGCAAAUAUUACCAAUACGUAUCGAACCUCACACCCAGAUAAACUAAAGAAAGAGCUACUUGAUUUGGAGUUGGAAGAAAUAUCAAAGAGGAAUAAUGGAGAGGAUGUCACGGACGUUCAGAACAGGAUCAAUGCUCUUAAUUAUCAGGUCUCCAUGUUAAAAAAGACAAAAUUGAGAAGGAAAAUGACGAAAUUCGGUCCCGGCCAGACCAGCAAGUACCGAAUUGGUGCAGCACCUUACAUGAAGAGUCGCAAGGCGCAGAACAGUCUCUACAUGUCUACUGUGGCAUUGAGAAAGAUGGACAAGAGACCAAAGCAGCUGGUGGUGUCUGGCUUCGAUGCCAAUCUCAAAAAUAGCGUCAUUGCUCAUCUCGGGAAAUUCGGAAACAUGGAGCGAUUUGUGGAGGAUGGCGAGUUGCUACUAGUCACAUAUUCAACGAGGAAGGAAGCUGAGAAGGCGGCUUUGCUUGGUGCAGAUUUCGGUAACAUCAAAUUGAAUAUUUCUUGGCCUAAAACAACCAGGUCAUCGCCGUCACUUGUGUCUAAAUCGUUAUCAUCACUGCACAAUGACGUCAUUACUGAAAAUUUAAUCCUUGCUCCAUUCAAAGAGGAGAACGAUGAUGACGUUGAUGAGAAUUACCCUCACCAGCAGAUUGAAAAUGUUGGUGCCGUUGUAGCUGCAAAUGAUGGCGUUGAUGGAGAGCCAAAUCACGAUAGUGAUGAUGAAGAUGGUGGGGAGGAAGAUGACGACGAGGACGAUGAUGACAGUGAUACGAUGAUUGAGCUGGUCAUUGAGGAUGAUGGUGCAAGAGAACUUGUCGACCAAUCGGUCAGUGUCUGCUUACAUUCCUCUCACAAUCCUAUGCUUUCACGAUAA